AUGUCCGACACCGCCGCUGUGAAUAAGACCUACUUCAAUAAACUGGGCUCCGACUAUGACGAGAAAUUCAGAGAGGCCCUGACGAUGCUGGAGGAGGAGCUGAGGAUGCACAAGGACUUCAUCGCCAUGCGGCCCGGCGGGCGAGUCCUCGACUACGCGUGCGGGACUGGACUCCUCACCAAUGCCCUCUCCGACCAGGCAAGCGAAUGCGUCGGCGUCGACGUCUCCGAAACCAUGAUUGAGAGAUACAAUGCCAAGUCAUCACUAGAGGGUCCGAAGCGCAAGGCCUACCUGGGCAACCUCAUCUCCAAGGACGAGGAGCCGGCGACGCUCUUCUCCGGCGCCGAGUUCUCGGGCUUCGACUUUGCGGGCGUCGGGAUGGGCUUCCACCACUUCGACGACCCGGCGCUGGCGGCGCGGCGGCUGGCCGAGCGGCUGAGCCCGGGGGGUGUGCUGUUCAUCGUCGACUUCGAGCCGCAUGGUGCGCUGGAGGGGCAUGGGGGCGCCAACGGGGUGAAGCAUCACGGUUUCACGGAGGAGAAGGUGCGGGGGAUCUUUGAGGCGGCGGGGGCGGGGGGCGAGUUUGGGUUCAAGAGGCUGGAGAGGCCGCUUGUCUUUCGGGGCGCGAAGGAGGGGGGGCAUGAUAUGACUCGGAAGGUGUUCUUUGCGAGGGGGAGUAAGUUGUAG